CUUGUCGUGUUGGAUGGCUUACCUUACCGUACAAUCUAUAUUGUAUUCAGUGGCGACAGAAUGUGUAGCAGGGAACUCUGUGCAAGCGUCACGACGAAAAAAUAAUUGUAUAUUGGUACUACGAGGCUGCGAUAUGCAGCAUUUGCGGUGGUACCGGUACCGUAACUGCUGUAGACUGCGGCUGUACUGGUACCGUACAGUCGGUACGUACUACUGUACUAUAGCCGAACAAAAUUUUUUACAACGUGGAAUUGGGCUAUACUACUAUAACAAAACCAGUAAGGUAGGUAAAUAGACGACGUUCGGUACGGUACCGUUCUUGGCGUAUUAAUAUAUUUUUGUAUUUGUAUAAGUAGCCUAUUGUGUUUCUUUAUUUUUGUAGCAGUUUUUUUGAAGAUUCAUUUUGGCUUAGGUUGUACAGUUGUACCAGUACCGGUAUAGUUUAUCAAAAUACAGAAAAUAAUAUUCUUAUUCCUGUAUUCAUUACAGUGUCUAAUAAUCGAUAAUUUAUCCAUAAAGCAGUAAAGUAAUGGCUAGGUCAGCGAAUUUUGUCAAUAGCGAAAAGCAGCUCCUUGUCCAGAUAAUUAGCGAACAUCCCCAAGUGGAGUCAAAAAGAACGGACAAGGUGUCAGUUGUGCAAAAGAAUUUGGCUUGGAAGCAAAUCGAAGCCAAAUUCAAUGCAACUGGCACCUUGUGUCGCCGAACUGAAAAAAAUCUGAAGGAUGCGUGGAAAAACAUCAAAAACAAAGCAAAGCAAGACAAUGCCCAACGCAAACGCCAUUUGAGGCAGACAGGAGGUGGGCCUGGUGUACCCACCGAUGAACUCAGCGAGAAAGUUGAGGCUCUCAUUCCUAGACAAAUAAAUUGCCUUGCGAACAACUUAGAUGAUGACAAUCAAAUUGAAAGCUCGCUCGAAGAACAAACAUACACACUUGUUUCAGUAGCUGAGGAAUCUUCAUCUUUCUCAGAUGGUAACGAAUCAGCAGUUUUGCAGACAUUGAGUACAGGUACUCCUCAUAGAGCGUUGAUUCCUUCACGAAACAUAGUAUGGAUAAGUAGAAAAAUACAGUUGAUGCACAAAGAUCAGGAAGACCAAGGAGUGGACGCUCCGAGGAAAACAUUCUGAGCCGAAUUUAUUUCUAAAUUCUUCGCUGAAGAGGUGCUGAGUUUGCCUAACUGAUUUAUAUGCCAAACAGCAGGUUUGCACCUCAAUC